CACCGCCUCCACUUUAAGAACAUAUCAUCAGAAAACAAGACAUUCGUCCAUCAUGAGCUCAGCGCAAGCUAGACACACGUCAAGAAGACGACUCGACUUUGGUAAAAGCUCAAUUUCUGCCAUCAACGAAUACUACGGCAUUUCCAUGAUUGAUAGUCACCAAAAAGUGCUCAGCGACAGCAUGGCGAUACCGCAGACCAGCAGGACGCGCUUCAAUUUAUAUGUCAAACAACUCCAGCAAAAGCCCGUGUACGCUCAUGACGUCAGUGAUGACGUUGAUGGUGACUCCGGUGAUGACGUAGCCACAGAAGUGAUAGAGAAGCCUCCACUUGACCAACCCGAGCAAAACUUUGUCUCCAUAAGUGGAACUUUGAUUAAUGAUUUGUGCUUGAAGGGAGCGGCGUAAGGAUGGAAUAGAAAUAUGACGAUGCUUAGAGGCCUGUCGAUAAAACUGCUUGAUAUAACCGUGUGCACCGAGCAGUUUUGUAGUGUUUCUCUGGCUGCUAACGGCAAAUUUGUUGUUCUUUGUAGCUGCUGUUGGAGUGAUUUCUUUAGGCAGAAGCGCAUCCACAUAGACUCAGCUUUAUGAGAAUAGAUAACGUGGCAGAGUAUAAAGCGCACGAAUAAAAUUCUCCUACCUUCACUUGUGACACGCAUAAUGCACGUAGCAAUUAAAGAUAUUUAGGUUAACACUUUUUUAUAUAAGGAUAACAAGCAACCUGUUCCCUCAUCCAACCAUGUAACAACACAAAUAUGAAUAAAGCACGUGAGACUUU